AUGGACAAGGUCCAGUUGAUCAAACAGAUAUUGCUUACAGCUCAAAGUAGACAAAAGUCUUAUGCCGAUAAGAGAAGAAGAGAUUUAGUGUUCACAAUUGGGGACAAAAUGUUCCUACGAGUCUCCCCUAUGAAAGGUGUGAUGCAGUUUGGGAAAAGAGGCAAGUUGAGCCCCAGGUUUAUAGGACCGUAUGAGAUAUUAGACCGAGUGGGAGUUGUAGCUUAUCGUUUGGCACUUUCUCCUGAGUUGUCCUUUAUUCAUCCAGUGUUUCAUGUCUCAAUGCUAAGAAAAUGUAUAUCAGACUCAUCCCAGGUGCUUGAAGCACCAACUACACAGCUUGAUGAGAGGUUGUCUUACGAGGAGGAGCCAAUGGCUAUUGUUGAUAGACAAAUAAGAAAACUACGGUCAAAAGAAAUCAUGUUCGUGAAAGUCUUAUGGAGAAAUCAUACAGUCGAAGAAGCUACUUGGGAACUACAAAAAGAUAUGCAAGCGAAGUAUCCCCAUUUGUUUCAGUCUACAGCGACAACCAAGUUGUCCACCUUGUCUUCCACUAUUCAGACCCAGGCAGCACCUCAGCCAAUUCAGAUCCCUCGGUCCAUUGAGGAUACCUUGAAAAAGCUCCUGGAGAACCAGGAAAAGAUUUUGAAGACUCAGGCCACCCUAUCUGCAGAGUGGAGUCACAUGGCAAGGCUCUGA